UUUUUUUUUUUCAACGUUUUUUUAUUUAUUUUUGGGACAGAGAGAGACAGAGCAUGAACGGGGGAGGGGCAGAGAGAGAGGGAGACACAGAAUCGGAAACAGGCUCCAGGCUCUGAGCCAUCAGCCCAGAGCCUGACGUGGGGCUCGAACUCCCGGACCGCGAGAUUGUGACCUGGCUGAAGUCGGACGCUUAACCAACUGCGCCACCCAGGCGCCCCUAAAAUCUGCAUUUCUAGUAAGUGCCCAGGAAAUGCCAGUGCUGCUUGUCAGCAUAGUCCCAGGGCCACAGACUGAGUAGCAUCAGCUAGGUCCAGAGGCAGGCUUCUCCUAAGAAGGUAUUGUAUGUCUUGUGCAGGGGUCUCCAGGCUCCAAGCAAGUUAACAUAUUUUCUCUCUUGUUAGAACUGCACGACAUCCUGUAAGGUGGUCUGGCAGGAAACUUAUAUCCGUUUAAAACGGGAAGACCUUGAGAUUCAGAGGCACUGACUUUAUGUAUGGUCCAUUUGUGUGGAAUGGAUCCAUCCAUGACUCUAUUUGUUCAUUCAGGCCUGUGGAAAAUGUUCUAGGCCCUGGCCUCUGAAUUGCCAUUACAUUAUGUACCCUCUCUCACCUUCUAUUGAAAUUGUGUAUAUACUCAUCACCACCCCAAGGUGACUAAAGUCCUUGGGAAAUAAAUUAUGUCAGAUGUAUCUUCACAUCCCCAACAGCUCUUGACCCUGGAUUGACAGUGUGUUUGUCGAAUAAAUGACUGGGUAUCUGAGGCUGCUUAAUAAUUGUGGAGGAUAAUAAGUUCUGUGAUUCUUAUGUUUGUAAUGGCUCCUCAUUGCUCAUCUCGGGGGUUCUUAAUCUUUUUGCGGGGGGAGGUCAAGGACUGCUCUGCUAAGAAUGUGACGGCAUCUAUGCUGCCUUUUCCUGGACGGGUAUAUGUCGUGUGCAUUUUGCACAUAUUUUCUGGAGUUUCAUAGGGCACCUUGAAGCCAGAUUCUAUAGACUCCAGUUAAUAAUCUCUAGCUAAUGGGGUUAAAAAUACACCCUGCAGCCUGGCAUCAAAGCUCUUUAGGAUGUGGGCAAUAUGUGUUCUCCCAUUAUGUACUAGUUGGGGCUCCUUCGGUAGCGAGUGGCAGAAAUCCAUUUGAGUUAGAUUAAAAACAAAGUUAUUUUUGUUUUUAUAUGUAAGGGCAAGAUUAUUGGGGUAGUUCACAGAACUGAUGGAAGACUUGGAAAGGAGUAAAAAUUCAGAUGCAGCUCCAAAAACCUUAGUGUCUGGAACCAAGGGGCAUGAGUGAUCUAAGGAUCAUUUUAUCUCUUUAUUUAUUUACAUUACAGGGACAUGGCUGAGGGCAGCUUCAGGCUCAUGUUUCACAGGUCUGUAAGCAAAGAGAAAAGGGCUCUUUUCUACAAGUUUCAAUAAUAAUAAAAAUAAAAAGUCCCAGGGAAAGUCUCUAAUUGGCUUGCCUUGGCUCCGUGCCCAUCCAUGGACCAAUUACUGUGUCCAAGAAGGAUGUCUGGGUCACAUGCCCACCCUCACAAUCACUGUGCCCAGGGAGGGGAGCAGGUAAGAGGAAGGUAGAGCCCAUUCACACUGCAUGGGUGGAGGGCUGAGAAGUUUCCCUCAAGACAGGGCAGUGCUGUGGGAUUGCUGGGGAAAUGACGUGGUAAGGGGAAGCUCCGAUGCGUGUUGUCUGUCAUUUUUUACUUUUCCAAAAUUCGUUGUUCUAACUGCAUUGGGUUGUUCCUUGUCCUUCACACGCAUUAUUCAUUCCCUCCUCUGCUUCUCCUGGGCUUCCCUCCCCACCCUGCUUGUCCCAGCCUCUUGGUUUGCUAGGGCUGCCAUCACACAGUACCACAGACCGGGUGGCUCAAAACAACAGAAAUUUAUUCUCCCACAGUUCUGGAAGCCAGAAAUCUGACAUCAGGGUGUCAGCAGGGGUGAUUCCUCUGAGGGCUCAGAGGGAGAAAAUGUUCCAUGCCUCUCGCCUCGCUUCUGGUGAAGGCAUCUCUCUGUGUCUCUCUCCUCUUCUUAUAAGGACACCAGUCAUAUCAGAUUAAGAGCUCACUCUACUUUGGCAUGACCCCAUCUUAGCUAGUUCCAUCUGCAUCUGCCCUAUUUCCAAAUAAGAUCACAUUCUGGUCAUAUUCCUGGGAGUUAUAACUUAAACAUAUCUUUUGGAAGACGCAAUUCAACCCGUAACAGCCUCCCGGCCCGGAUCAAUGCCAGUUUCUCCAGAAGGAACUUUGGUGACCAUCUCAAGUCAGAUGUUUCUCCUCUGAGCUCCCGCUGUCCUCUCUGAAUGGUUGCCCUACGCCAUGGAGACUAGCUCUCUAUGCAUAUCUUUCAUUGUCACGAGACUGGAAGCUCCUUGAGGUCAAGAAUCCACAUCUUUUUAAUAUUCCCUGUGGUGCUUAGAACGGUGUGUGGCAGUUACUUUCAUAGGUCAACUUGACAAAGUCACGAGCUGCUCAGAUAUUUGAUUAAACAUUAUUCUGAGUGAGUCCAUGAGGGUGUUUUUAGAUGAGAUGAACAUUUGAAUUUGUAGAUGGACCGAAGCCUAUUGUUCUCUCGAAUGUGGGAGGGAUUCAUCUAAUCCCUUGGAGGCCUGAAUGGAACAAAAGUCUCAGAAGAGAGAAUUUGCUCUCUCUGCCUGUCUCUAGGCUGGGACAUUAGUCUUCUCCUACCUUUGGACUUGGGACUCAGACUGGAACUUAAUGCCAGCAGCUCUCCUGGGUCUCCAGCCUGCUGACGUCAGGCAGAUCCUGGGAUGCCUCAGUCUCUGUAAUCAUGUGACUCAAUUCUUGCUAAUAAAUCUCUUUAUAUAUAUAUGUAUACUUGUAUAUAUGUCACAUCCUGUUGGCUCUGCUUCUCUGGAGAAGUUAGACUAGGGCUAACACAAAGUGCCUCCCACAAUGUGAGUGCCCAGUAAAUGGCAGGGAAUGAAAGAGGGGGUGAUGGAAUGGUAAUUAGAGUGCUGGGGUGCCUCCCAAACUCUCUUCACCCAGCCAGGGGAAUGCCUCAAAGAGAAACUGGGGAUACGUGAUACUCUCUCCAUUCAGUUGUUCUCAGCCUCAGCCGUACAUGGAGAAGCACCUUGAAAAGCUCUGAAAAUCUCUGUGCCUCUGACUAAUUAAGCAUCCGCACCUGGGAAGGGGACCCAGCCAUCAGUCGGUUUCUUUUAAGUCUUUGCCGUGAAUUCCCCGCACGCUGGAGGUUGCAGAGCCUUGCUGGGGCAGUGGGAGAGCUCCAGGCUCAUGCUGGGUGCUUUUCCCAAGUGAGUCUCGCCUUUGGACUUAACCUUGGAUCAGGAAAGCAUUAUGAUAGCACAAACUUUGGAGACAGGUGUAAAUUUGUUCCCGGUUGACUAGGCCAGGCUACUUCCUAGGACUCAGAAAACCCAGUGUUUGAAACUUGCUCUGAGUUAAUGUCCUGCCUGCAUUCAAGCUCAGAUUCUUGGAGAAGGGCCUCGAAGAAGGAGCAUUUUCAUGCAAAAUGUGAGUGGGCUGUGUGUCAGCUGUCAGCACCAGGAAAGGAAAAGGACCAGGGAUGCUCUGUGUGUAGCUGGUGACAAUGGGAUGUCACAAAGAGUUACUAGGGGAAGAAGAACAUCUGCACUAACAAUGCCAUGGCGGGGUGCAGGAGAAACCCAGAGCCCCCCGGGGACUUUGGAGAGUUACAUUUCAGGCCUGUGCAUGAAUGACUGGCCAAGCCUCCUGAUGCCGGGGGCUUGCAGCAGGAGAUCAAAGCCUCGGGGCGCCUUGGCUGGGGUGGUAGCUGGCCACUGUGUUCUGGCCUCCUGGCCGCUCCAUAAACCAUGUCUGACAGGGUGGCAUCUCCGGCAGGCCCGCGAUGCGGAAGGGAACACAUGCGGCCAUAUUUCAGCCUGGACGCCUGGACCCGAAUGUGAGCGCGUGCGUGUCUGGGGCUGAAGUUUCCCUGAAGCUGAUUUGUGACCGUCUGAAUUUACAACCUUGGAGGACAACAGAUCGACCAACUAGACCCAUAUGUGUUUAGUCCCCAAGCCUGCGUCUCAGAGAGCACAAGGGGGAGGAUGGGAGGGCGGAGGUGGGGGGAUUUUACUAUGUUCCCAGCAAUAGGUGGUGAUAUAGGUCCUGUCAAGCAACGGGUUUUUAGAGGCAUUUUUAGGGCAUCUCAUUGUCCUCUUCUUUCUCACCCAGGGUUGUCUGCAGUGCCUGGAGCUGAAGGGCCUUGUAGAAAUUAUUCAAAAUCACAAACAUUCCACAGGAAUUGGAUAGGAGACUGAUACCUCAGUGUCCCCUCUUUGGCUCAGCAGCCCCAAGAACACUUAGCUUCAUGGAGGCAGCUCUACUUAAAAGGAGCAGGGAUGGUGGGGGGGCACCUGAGCGGCUCAGUUGGUUGAGCAUCUGACUUCGUUCAGGUCAUGGCCUCACAGGUUUGUGGGUUUGAGCCCCACAUGGGUGCUGACAGUGGAUCCCUCUUGGGAUUCUGUCUCCCUCUCCCCAACCCCCCCCCCCCUUCCCCUGGUCAUGCUCUGUCUCUCAAAAAUAAAUAAACAUUAAAAAAAAUAAAAGGAGUGGGACUCAGUUUCCCUUAUCCAUGGGGAGUGGGAUAUCUCUGCUCCUGGACAAGUCUUGGGACACCCUACAGAAGGACACAGGGACUGAUUUGUGCACAGGUGGGGGCGGUGGCCACCCCAGCAAGACUUGCCAUCCCACAGUCUCUCCCAUCUGCUGUCUGCCUCCUCACAGAUCCUGCCUGUCUGAAGGCCAGGAGAUGAGCCAGACCUCCACUGAGCCCUUCCAGAAUCAGUCAGUUAACAAACAUCCCUGGAGCUCUGUGUGAGGCCUACUCCUAGAAGGUUAUGAAUUACCAUUCUUUACCCCAACAAAGACAGAGUCUAAAAUGCUUCCCCUCAGGGACAGGUGACACAGACUUGUUCAGACAGAGGUAGGGCCUGACCUCAGCUCCUCUCCUGAGAGAAGAUACGCAGUGUCUCAAAGGGGAAUGCAUGAGGGCACAGCAAGGCACGGAAGGGGAAAUGGGAAGGAAAGGGCUCUGUUAGGGGGUCACAGGUGCCACACAUGCUUUCUUGUCUCCCAUCUUACAAACAGAAGUCAUAGAUGUUCCUGGGCAUUUGAUGUUCUUCAUUGAUCAACCCUUGUUCAGGAGGCAUGCAUACAUGGAAUGUGGCCUCCCAGCCUGUGAUGGCAGGUGUGUGUGUGUGUGUGUGUGUGUGUGUGUGUGUGUGUGCACCUGCAUGCACACUCCAGGCAUAGAGAGAGAUUCACUGGUAGCAAGGUGACAAAAAGGACGAUGAGGUAGAAAGGGUGUCUAAAUUGGAGUAAGAGGCUUGGUAUGGACUGAAUGUGGCCCGUCCCCCCAAAUUCUUAUGUUGGAACCCUUUGCCCCAUAUGAGCUAUGGAGCUAUGAGAAGGUGGCCGUCUACAACCUGGAGGAGACUGUCCUCAGAACUCAACUAUGCUGGCAUUCUGAUCUCGGACUUGCAGCCUCCAGAGGUGUGAGGAAUAAAUUUCUGUGUACACCCCAUCCAGUUUAUGGUACUUUGUUACAGGUGCCAGAACAGACUCAGAUAAGGGCUACAUUGUAAGCAACAGCUUUCCCAUGUCCUAGCAGUGUGACUCUGAGUAUAAAUUCAUUCUGCUAAAAAAAUGAAUAAUUUCUGCUCUGUUUCCCUUCUUUACGUGGUUGUUAGGAGACCUGAAGGGUAGGAUAUAUAUGGCACUAUUCUGUAGAAUCUAAGUUUUCUGAAAUAUUCAGAAAACAAAAAUCUUUUGUGUUUGCUUUUAAAGCAAAACACUGCCAUGGGGCCGCCUUUUUUUUUUUUUUUCCCUUUUCUCACAAAGGUUGAGAAUGUUUCUGUACACAUGAUUCCAAAAUACCGUCAGCUUUCCAUUUUAGUUUUAAAUUGCCAUCUGCCAUAAAGUCUCUCAGCAAUGAAACCAGGUUCCUCUUUGUAUGGAUUCCUUGGUUUCUUCUCUGCUGUUUUGUGACCUGGGAAAAUGAGCCAGGAUGAGGAGAACCAGGGACUCGUCCAGAAAUGUUCAUGUUGGGGGAAGAUCCUGACUCCUGGAUAAUGAAGUGUGGAUUGUUGGCAAAUUUCUAAAGAUAAUAUUUGUGGCAGGUAAAAAAUAAUGUCCAGUUAAAAACUUGGCAGUAAUUCUCUCAGGGAGAGAAUUGUCUUUUGUUUGGCGAAAUACCUUGAUGGCUUUUUUGAGUACAAAAGGUGAGCUCGCCCUAGGACAUGCAUUAGACUGGAGGUGGUUUUCAACUGUGCUUGCACAUUAGGAGCUUUGGAAAAGUGUGUGUGCUUCUGCCCCAGCUCCAGAGCCUCUGACAUAAUGGCCUGGGGUAGAGUCUGGGCAUCACUAUUUUUAAACACCGCCCCCCCCCCCGUCCCCAGGAGAUUCUACUGUGUAGCCUGAGUCGAUUCUCCUGCACUAGACCCAGAUGAGAGGGACAGGUAGAAGAGUGGACAGAACUGGGGGGCUGGUAGCCUGAUGAGAGAGAUGAGAGAGGGAAAGAGAAAUCACCUGGGUGGCAGUGGGCUGGGGCUCUGUGUGCACAGGUGGCCAGCGAGGUGUCUCCAGUGUCCAGAGGAGCCAGGGACAGUUAACAAAGGAAUCCCUGGCAUUGAGUUUUAGGUUGUUCUCUGUGUUGUAUAUAGUACAUACAACACUACCUUGUAUCUCUAGAUCCUCAUGAACAUCUCUGUCUGCCCAGUCCAGUGUCCAUAGUGCUGUGGGGGAAAUGCUGGAACUUAGGCUGGCCCCACUGAUGAACAAAAACAGCCCAACACCUGCAGGAGAUAAAAACUGAAGGGAUUGAAAACCCAGCAAGAGUGGGAGAUUGGAGUGAGGAGGGAACGAGGACACAAUUGCCCCCCUAAGAAUCCUCUGGGAUGUUGGAAAGGAUGCUUGGUUUCCUACCGUUUGUGGGCCAGGGAUUCAAGGCAAUUUUAUUUAAAUCUCAGUGGAUGGUGCCUCAGCUGCUGGGGGACAUGAAGGCUUACAAACAGCUGACACUCGAGCCAGAGAAUAAUAAAUAAUUCACCACCUUCCACUCUUUCCACCGUAUACACUCCAUGUGUGGAAUAUUUUACAGUGAUCACAGUUCAUUCGCAUUCAUCUCUCUUUGAGCUUUCCAACAGGCCUGAGAGAUGGGGAAGAAAGGAAUUUGUCACAUGCGAUCGCGAGAAAAGGGGGUUCUCAGCGGCUGUAGAUUGCAUCCAGGAGCCGCAGGGCUUGAAGCCUCGUGGGCUCCGAAGCCUCACUGCUGGUCCUGACUCAGUGCUCAACCCACCAUUUCAGCCCGAGUUCAGGUCUCUCACAGCCUUGCCACUGCAGGAAGAUCUUCUGUGUUAACACUCUUGUUUUUAGACAACAUGAGCUCGAGAUCGAACAUCUACUUUAAUCUCUUCCCUCUCUGCCAUCUCUUCUCUCCCCUCUCCUUCUUCUGUCUCCUUUCCCCAUCUCCUCAUCCCCCCCAUCCACCCACCAUUUCUUUAGCAUUAAAAAAAAUCUUUUUUCAGUUUAUUUUUUGAGAAAGAGAGACACAGAGAGAGAGAGCAGGGGAGGGGCAGAGAGAGAGGGAGACAAAGGAUCCCAAGCAGGCUCCUCACUGUCAGCACAGAACCUAACAUGGGGCUUGAACUCAUGAACUGUGAGAUCAUGACCUGAGCCUAAAUCAAGAGUCAGACACUUAACCGACGGAGCCUCCCCCCCCCCACCACUAGGCGCAUCCCCCCUCCCAUUUCUUUAGCAUUUACAUGGCUAUACUCUCAUUCGAUAGACUUCCCCUAGAUUAGGGUGGUCCUGCGUGGAUUCCACCUGGGAGUGUUUUUGAAUCCUUUCUUGUUUAUUCGGUCUUCUCUGUUUCUUUAUCUGACUCCAGGAUGAGUCAAACGUGCUUACCAGCAUGUAUUGCAGAAUCCCCCGGUUUCUAACCGGGAAAUGGUCGCCCUGCGUCUCUGGGAGGAACUUCCUGGCUUUGCUCGUGGACCUCCACAAGUUGUUGAUGUAACACAUUCUCGGCAGCUAGAGAGGACUAAAUAUACUAACUGGCUUGAGCUGACCUUUGCUCUAGAUUUAGAAGAGAGGCAUGGCGACCUGUUUCUCCCACAUGGAAACAAACAGUGGAGCGGAUUUUAUGCCCAGGUGUUUGCCAUAUAGCUUGAUACAAAACCAUGUCCUGGAAAACUAUAAGCCAAUCUAAUUUAUAGAAAUAAACUGAGUGAGAAUCAUUAUUUUUUAUUGGUACCACUUAAUGUGAAGAAAAUGCACAUUUUCCAAAAAUAUGGAAAAAACGUUCCAUUUGCCUUAUUGGGUCCAAAUGUUAGGUUUAAAUUAUUUUACUAUGCAAACUUUCUUUCAUAUCUUGGCAGUAGUGAUUUCCAUUUUUAUUCCUUUGGUAUCCAUAAUCUUAUGAGAAUCAAAAACAUAUGCUUUGAGAUCACUGGACAGCUCCUCCUCCCACAUUUUAAAAAUGCACAAGGAAGGUUAUUGCUCUGGUAGCAAAAAUAACAGGAACGCUAUGGGAGAAAAUUAUGAGGACAUCGAGGCUGAAUGGGAAAGAGGUUCAAAAGGUGCACUCUGGUUUUCAUGCUUUUGAUUUGCAAGUCAUUAAGCUGGAAGAGCCCCUGCCUCCUGCUGACUGCCACUAGGAAUGUAAUUUUUUCUUCUCUAAUAGAGGAUUGCUUAUUCAAUGACUCCGGUUUUCAAUAUCGGAGGAGAAUAGGGGAUCUGGAUUUUCCAGUGCUGCCUAAGAUGGGGCGCUGGUUACAGGGCUAAGAGUAGAUGGACUUCUGGCCUCCCCUUUGUCUGCACAAGGAGGGUGCCCUUGGUGGGGAGGCAGAAGCAUCAUACAAAUUUUGGUCUCAGGAACUUUAGGCUGACAGAGAGAAGCCAGUGAAGAGAUGAAUGCUUUGUGUUCUCUCCUGAGGAAAAAUUAUUAGAAGAAAAAAAAAAUCACUUGAGGAGAGUAAGAUAUUAAAAUGUGAUGAAAGGGUGUUUUGUAGCCAGGGUUGAAGCGAUGGGCAUCUCUUGGGACAACUGGCACAGGAGUUCCAAGACCGGGGGCAGGAGAAAGCUGUACCACAGGAAGCACGAGCUGGGACGCCCCAUUGCCAACACUAAGAUUGGCCCCCACCUCAUACACGCAGUUCAAGUUCCCAGAGGCAGUAAGUACUGUGCCUUGAGGCUGGACCUGGGGAACUUUUCCUGGGGCUCCAAGUGUUGUAUGCACAAAACAAGGAUUGCUGAAGUCGUCCACAAUGCAUCCAACAACCGACUGGUCCACACCAAGCCCCUGGUGGAGAACUGGAUCGUGUUCACUGACAGCACCUGGUACCCACAGUGGGACGGGUCCCCCUGUGCACUGCUCCUGGGCCACAAGAAGGGGACCAAGCUGGUUCCCGAGGAGGAAGGGAUUUUAAACAAAAAACAUUCAAAGAAAAUUCAGGAGAAAUAUGAUGAAAGGAAAAAGAAUGCCAAAAUCAGCAGUCUUCUGGAGGAGCCGUUCCAGCAGGGCGAGUUCCUUGCACGCAUGGCUUCAAGACCAGGCCAGUGUGGCCCAGCAGAUGGCUGUGUGCUAGAAGGCAAGGAGCUCGAGCCCCAUCUUAGGAAAAUCAAAGCCCAGAAAGGCAAAUAAAGCUUCCUCCCUUCUAUCUUUGGUCACGUAAUGAAGGUGUUUAUUGUUCAAAAUAAAUAAAUAAAUAAAUAAAUAAAUAAAUAAAUAAAUAAAUAAAUAAAAUGUAACAAAAGGAAGGUGAGAAGAGUGUCAAAGGAAAAGGGGAAGGGCAGAUGAGAGGCUCAGUGUCUUCCAGGGGUAAGAGGACAAGGGCCCCAGUGGCCUGGUCCCUUGCCCAAUGAACUGGGUCAUAGUCCAGACUUUGCAUCGGCACAUUAUAGAAAGUUCAGUGUGUGCUCCAUCAGCCAAGACCAAUGUUUCCAGAAAUAUGCAAUGUCAUUCUCUGCCUCCUACGUUGUAUUUGCCCUGAUUGUCCUCUCUGGGACUUGGGUCUUUGUUCGGUGCACAUAGCUGUAUACUCCAAGUUUCUGCUGUCCAUGAACUGGUGGUUAGUGAGCACAUGUUUUUCCACAGCUUGCUCUUGUAUUUCUGUAGUACUUGCUACUUUAUAUCCUCAAUGACAACGUUACAUUGGCCCUUUCUCCCUUAGUCCAUUCAAAAAACUCACUCUUGUUUCAAAAUAGACACAAGUGUCUUAUUCUCUAUGAAAUCCUACCUGAUCUCCCAAAGCCAAGCUGUUUCUUUUCUCUUUCAAGGCCCCCUGUACCUGGUGGGCACACAACAAUUAUUGCCCUCAUUUUUCUGUAUCGCACUCUUUUUUCUGCUUGUCUGGGAGCUCUUCUACAUGUAAACUUGAGGGCAGAAACUGCCUUAAUUACCCUGACUUUCCCUACAUUUCAUUAUCGAUUGCAUUUUAACAGGUGCUUAAAUAAAUGUUUUUGAAUGGAUGAUUGAAUGAAUGACAUUCAUUCAUCUAGGCCCUUAUUGGUUGCAAGGAUGAAUACAAAAUGUACUUCAUUUGCAAAUAAGCAAAUGUAAUUAAAACAGAAGUACUGUAAAAAUUUUGUUUCUGGCGCCUGGGUGGCUCAGUCAGUUAGGCGUCUGACUCUUGAUUUCGGCUCAGGUGAUGAUCUCAUAAUUCGUGGGAUCGAGCCCCCCCUGGUCGGGCUCUGUGCUGACAGUUUGGAGCCUGCUUGGGAUUCUUUCUCUCCCUCUCUCUCUGCCCCUCCUCCACUCUCUCUCUCAAUCUCUCUCUCAAAUAAACAUUAUUUUUUUUUUCAUAUUAUACUUAGUUUUUGCAUUCUAAGAAUGAAAGGGAGAGCUUACAGCUAUGUGGUUAAUAGCCGAGUGGAAUAAUGCAGACUCCCCUUAUACUAGAACUCUCCGACCCACAUUCCACACUUACCUUGACUUUCUGACAUUGACCGUGGAUGUUAAUCAGAUGGUGGAAUGAUUGUUUCAUGACCUUCAGCUCAUUUAUCUCUGGAAAUCAGUACUGACUUUUUGUGGAACAAGACUAAAAAUGCUGAGGCAAGGCACCCUCAGCAUUGGGGGUAUAGUGUCUCAUUUGUUUGGGUGGGGAAGGCUUUCAAUGACCAUGAUUCAGGAAGCAGUCUUAUGGCCAGCCAUCUGUGUAGACUAAGGGGUACAAGGGUCCCACCAGGAACAGAUUUCACUGCAUCAGGACUUCAGUCUCUGGGGAGAUUCAUAUCCCAGCUCACGAUAGCUCAGUCUCCAGAGGCAAGUCAGACUUCCACUCAUUCAUGGGUGUCUUCUUCUCCAGGUCCAAGUCCUGCUUGGAACUCCCUUCAUGAGGCUUAACGAUAGAGCAGACUUGUGCUUGGUAGACCUGAGUGGACCAUGUUAGUAAUCAACCAGACUGGAAGCAUGGGCCUUUCUGAGAGCCUGGGAAGUGGAAGUGGCUCAGAUCCUUGGAGAAGUUGAUGGCCCUUUGAGAGGCAGAAGAGCAUGAUAAUGUGUAUGACUCCAGCACCAACUGAUCUCAUUCAAAUCCCAGCUCCAUCUCUUCCUACCUGUGUAGACCUUGAAUAAGUCACUUAAACUGUCUGUGACCCAGUCACCUUUUCUGAGGACACUAAUAACCUCAACCUCAGGAUGAUUAUGAAAUUUGAAAGUAGUCAUGCCUUUGAAGCUCUUGGGGCAGUUCCUGAAGCAUAUAACCUUUAAUCAACAUGAGCUACUGUGAUGCCACCUCCUAGAGGCCACCGUUUACUCAUAGAUGUCGAAUAAUUUUCAUGUGUAAGAUACUUUGAUAAUUUUUAUUUAAGCUACUUAGAUAUCUUUGCCAGUACAUGGGCUUAUGUGACUUUGUCAAUGAACUCCAAAACGUAUGGUGCUGGUCCUUCCUACAGAAGUCUUUUUUUUUUUUUUUUUUUUUGGGUAAAUUCAAGUUAGUUAACAUACAAUGUAGUCGUGGUUUCAGGAGUAGAACCCAGUGAUUCAUCUCUUACAUAGAAUACCCGGUGCUCAUCCCAACAAGUGCCCUCCUCAAUGCCCAUCACCCAUCUAGCUCAUCCCCCCACAACACUCCUUCAGCAACCCUCAAUUUGUCUCUGUAUUUAAGAGUCUCUUAUGGUUUGCCUCUCUCUUUAUUUUUUAUCUUAUUUUUCCUUCUCCUAUGUUCAUAUGUUUUGUUUCUCAAAUUCCACAUAUGAAUGAAACUUAUUUUGCUUAGCAUAAUAUGCUCUAGUUCCAUCCAUGUUGUUGCAAAUGGCAAGAUUUCAUUACUUUUCUUCUCCGAGUAGUAUUACAUUGUGUGUGUGUGUGUGUGUGUGUGUGUGUGUGUGUGUGUGUGUGUGCGUGUGUGUGUUUACCACUCAUCGGUUGAUGUGGGCUCUUUCUAUACUUUGGCUACAGCUCUCUUUCUUACGUAAGGAAUCAAGAGAUAAACUUUAGGGCUCAUUCUUGUUUUUAAAGUUACAUUCUUCUUUUUUAUAAUAAACUUUUUAUUUUGGAAUAAUUUUAGAUUUACAGGCAUGUUGCCAAGAUAGAGUAGAACAUUCUUGUAUACCCUUCACUGAGUCUCCCCUGAUAUGAACAUCUUAUGUAACCAUGGGGCAUUUGUCAAAACUAAGAAAUUAAUGUUACACAUUAUUGUUGACUAAACUUCAGGCUUUUUUUGUAUGCCACCAGUUUUUCCACUGAUGUCCGUUUUCUCUUCAGGGUCCCACACUGUACACAGUUUCCCUGUGCCUUUAGUCUCAUCCCAUCUGGGACAAUUUCUCAGUCUUCCUUUGUUUUCUGUGACCUUGGCAGUUUUGAGGAGUACUGAUUGAGCACUUUGUAGACUGUUCCUCACUGUAGGUUAGCCUGAUAUUUUCCCCACAAUAGAUUGGGAUUCUGGGUUUUGGCAGAAAACACCCCAGAAGUGAAGUGCCCAGGCUACACUUUAAUGAGAAAUCUCUAUGUUUUUGCUGUCUUUCACUUCUCUUCAUGUUCUUUUCCUCUCUUUGAAUAUCACUUGCCCCCUCCCCCACACCCCCAAUAUGGACUUACAGUCUGAGGCAACCAAAGGGUGAGAACUGAGUUGGGCUUUAGAGGGAAAUUAGAAUUUGGAAGUGAGAAGGCAUUUUGCUUGCCUGAGUCUCCAUCAUAUUUGAUGAGGAUAGGACCUCCCUUACUCCACCCACUGCCCCAAUUUGUGGGAACCUGGGAGAGGUUUUGUACUAACACAUGGCAUAGAUUGAGGUUUAGCUUCAUUUCAAGGUGCAGGUGUUAACACUUCAGGGAUUCCCCUUCUUCUGCCCUUGUUCCUCAGAAUUCCCACACCUCCACCUCUGCACACUCAAAUUGUGCCCUCUCUUUAUAACCCAGCUCACUUGUCCCCUCUGUGUCUCCAAAGCCAGGCUGGAACUCAAGGUGGGAAUCAGGGUAGAUAUACAGACUCAAAGGAAGGCACAUGUGGCAUGGGAUUCUGGGAAGAGGCUCAGCACCUGGGCUAAUGGUAAGGCUUCUGGGCAGUUGCCCACACUUCAUUUCUGGUCUUCAGUGUCAGAAGGAUUGUGCAAAUGCUCAACCAACCUCAGCCCCAUUCUUAGGUUGCAUAUUAUAUGCCACUGCUAUCCUCACUGCCUCACCAGAUGCUAUAUGGUCAUGAAAGAAGAUAAGAGGGAGAGAGAUUGACUGCACAGCAAAGUUUGAAAUACAGGAACUUUCAGGUUGGGAUUUUCAUGUUUAAAAUUUAGGACAGUAGGAGGAUUUGGUUUCCAGUCCCAGAUCUACCUCUCUUGAAACCUGUAUUUACCCAGGGCUGCAGAGGGAGGGAGAGAGAAUGAGGAUGGAGUUGGCAGGGGUGGGGCUACACCUGCAGUUCCCAAGUGAUCGUGGACAGCGAGGCCAACAGGGGUGCUGUCCCUGGCUCUACCACAGUCUUGUGCAGAGGGCACAGAAUUGCCCUCCCAGCACAUAACCUCCCCCUCGCAUUGCCCCUUUGGAGCCCCCACUUCCCAGAGCUCAAGCUUGGUUUCAGCCAGUGGCCCCUCUCUUCCUAGGGCUCACACCUGAAUCCAUGAUCCAGGCCUGAGCAUCAGUAUAUAAGAUGGACACCAUCUGUCCUCCAUUUGAAGACCCUCCUCCCAAGAGCAGAUCCCCUCUGCAAGCAGUGAGAGCAAAAAAAAAGGACGAGAAAAAUCUGAAACCAAAAAGUCACCCAGCCUCCAAAUAACUACCAUUGCCACAAAAUAGAAAUCCUUCAGGGCUUGGGUUCCGGCAGGCUCCAUCCCAUGUCUGACUGCCCUGACUGCCCAGCUCCAUGCUUCUCUGACCUGCUUUCCCACCUAGGCAAGUCUUCCUAGCUGGGAAGGGGAAACCUUUGACAUAGAUGAUCCCCGAAUGCAUUGCAUGAGAAUUGAUAAAUAAUUUAACCUUAAUCACAAAAUGGUUUUUGAGGAAGACAAUGUUCUUGAAGUAAUUUAAGCCUAGUGCUUAAAACUCUACAUAGAAAUACUUCAGGUAAUGGUUAUUAAUCUUCUGAAAUCACGUUUCUUCUUUUUUUAAAUUUUUUUUUAAGGUUUAUUUAUUUUUGAGACAGAGAGAGACAGAGCAUGAACGGGGGAGGGGCAGAGAGAGAGGGAGACACAGAAUCGGAAGUAGGCUCCAGGCUCCGAGCCAUCAGCCCAGAGCCCGACACAGGGCUCGAACUCACGGACCGCGAGAUCGUGACCUGAGCUGAAGUCGGACACUUAACCGACUGAGCCACCCAGGCGCCCCGGUCUUCUUUUUGAAGAUAGUUGAAAACCAGGGAGGAGGACCCACAAAGAUAGUUGGCAGAUUUCAAACUCAGUAUUUAAUUUUCACACGAUUUAGGCCACAGUGCUCUGCAGUUUGUAGGUUUGUGAAGGUUAAAACUCAUCGGACCCCAUGUUUUCUUGAGUUGCAAAAUCACGAUUGGGGCCUUGAUGAAGGAUGUCUUCGCAGCAAAUAUUUGUUGGGGAAAAGCCUUGUUUUAAACAUAAGAAAGGAAGUGAAACUGAUAUUCUUUAUGCAUUUCUUUGAGCUCCAGCCUGGUCUGGCAUUCAUUUAAACCAAAUAUUGCUGCUGCUCUGCCUCCGCUGUGGCAGGACAAAUCAGAAAGGGCCCAAGAAUAAUCCAUAAACUGCAGGCAUUCAGAGCUGCUUGAUGUGGAUUCAGGCAGAGCAUACUGGAGAACAUCCCCAAAUUAUGUGUUCUGUGUUCAAAGAAACCACAGUUUCUCUUCUCUCCCCUCCACCCCCAUUUUACCACAUGCUACGAUGAUGGGAGUUUGGGUUUGGGAGGAUCAGUGUCUGGGGUUCAAAUCUGGGCUCCUUCGCUUGCUAACUGUGAGAUCCUGGAUAAGUUUCUUGCUUUCCAAGUCUCAGUUUCCUUAUUUAUAAAAUAAGGCAAAUUAUUCCCACCUUUCAAAGUCAUUGUAAGCAGUGGUGAUGGUUUCCAUUGAGGAAGCCUGUAGUAUAGCUGCUGGAAUAUGGAAGUUAAGGAAGAGGCGUCCUUUGAUUUCUGCCCUGUAGAAUUCUACUUUUUCAUUGGGCUAUGAAGAAACUGAAGAAUCUUCUAGAGUUUAUCAUGAAGAAACUGAAGAACCUAGAGUUUAUCAUGGAAAAUGAGCCCUUGUCCAUUUCACUGGCUUAGUCCCACCAAUUAUGACUAAAGGGCACUGAGAAAUUGUAUGGACAUCUUGCCUUUGGUCCUGCAGCUCAGCACAUGGGGAGGGGAAAGUAACUUGAGCUGCAGCCUGGUCUGACACACUAUAAGGCAGACUCCAGGGGGCA